CCGUCCCUGCGCAGAGAGCGGCCCCGGCCGAGCGGGACAUUUAAAUGAGAGGGCGCGGGGCCUCCUCCCUGCCCGGGAGCCGCACACGUGGCCCCGCGCGGGGCCCCGCCGGGAGCCGGCCGGGGCGGGGCGGGGUCUGCGGGGGGAGGCGGCGGGGCGCAGGGGGCUGGGCCCGGGGGCAGGAGGGGAGGCGCGGGGGCCCAGGCUGCGCGGCCACCGGGCUCGGCGGGCAGCCGGCUCGGGCGGGGCCUGCGGGCGCGGGGGCGGAGCCGGCGGCCCCGACGCGGAAGCGGGAGGAAGCAGCGUGGCUUCCCCUGGAUGUAAACACGGCGGCGGGGCCGGGCCAGGCCGAGGGGUCGCGCCGCGGGGCUUCUCCGAGAGGCCCUGCCCAGGUCAUGAAGUUUCUGAAGCUCUUUGGGCGAUUAAAAUCAGUUGUCAUUGGGAUGGUGCAUGUGGGGGCAUUACCAGGGACACCACAGAGCAGUUUGCCAUUGACCCAGAUCACUGAUCAAGCCUGUCAUGAGGCUGAGAUUUACAAGGAUGCUGGAGUUGAUGGCUUGAUGGUGGAAAAUAUGCAUGACCUUCCUUACACCGUUUAUGUUGGGCCAGAAAUAACUGCAGCAAUGGCAGUCAUUAGUGCUGCAGUGAAACACACCUGCCCAAGUCUCCCAUUGGGUAUCCAGAUUCUGUGUUCUGCAAAUCAACAGGCUGUAGCUGUUGCUCUUGCUUCAGGUCUGGAUUUUAUCCGAGUUGAAGGGUUUGUUUUUUCUCAUGUUGCUGAUGAAGGGAUUAUAAAUGCCUGUGCAGGUGAUCUGCUAAGAUACCGAAAACAAAUCGGAGCACAGCAUGUUCAAAUUUUUGCCGAUAUUAAAAAGAAACACAGCGCUCACGCUCUGACAGCAGAUGUCAGUAUAUCAGAGACUGCUAAGGCUGCUGAGCUCUUCCUUGCUGAUGGGAUUGUAUUGACUGGAACAGCUACUGGAAUGCAGGCAGAUCCUAAAGAAUUGAAAGAAGUUGAACAUGCUGUGAAGAUUCCAGUGCUGAUUGGGUCUGGAGUGACGCUGGAGAAUGCAAGGAACUACUUGGAUGCAAAUGCUUUAAUAAUUGGUUCAUAUUUCAAGAAAAAAGGUUAUUGGGCAAAUAGUGUUGAUCCUGACAGAGUAAAGAAAUUUAUGGAUCAUAUAGGUAAACUGAGAGAAUGAAUUUAUCACCAUAUAGUAUUGUGUUUGUGUAGAAUAAGAUUUGGUCAUAGCACAACUUCUGUGGGGUUACCAUACAAAUCCAAUAGGAUAUACAGUACCAUGCACAAGCAACCUCUAUUAGCAUUCAUGGGAGUUGCAUGGGAAUUGGUUAAUACAAUAUUAAAUGAGGAGAAAAAAUCUUCUCUGUGGCUAGCCAGUAAAUCAGGUGGCAUUUUAAAGAAAAUGGGUGUUCUCAGUUUCAUUUGUCGAAGGCACAUUUCUGCCGCUCUCUACUCCAUGUUCCAGUACUAAAUUAUCUCUUAGACGUUUUCAGGAAUAUAUUCUUUAUGACAGGUAAAGAAUUUGUGCAGCUUAAGAAUUAGCUGAGUUUUGUUUUACAUGUGGAAUACAAUAGGACACCCUAAGAUUUCAGCCACCAGUACUGUAAAUUGGGCAGGUCAGUUAGCCGCUGUGUGCCUCAGUUUCUCCAUCUGUAAAAUGGGGAUAAUAAUACCUAUUUUUAAAAAUGUUGUAGAACAUAAUGAGAUUUUGUAAAGCAAUUUCAUCUAAUAAAAGUUACUAUAAAAGUGCAAGAUUUUUUUUUUCAUUCAAACUCUAUUUGUCAAAAAAAUACAAUAAAAAUGCUGUAAGUUAGUAAAGUCCAUUUAUUCAUGUCUGAAUACUAGUGACGUCGUAGCAGAAUUUUUGGAAGUCUUGAUCCAUCACUAAUUUCAGACACUCAGCAGCUGCCCCUCCCAGUUUUAAGUGGCACCCCAUCUAUUUAUCUCUUUGUUGGUCCUUUUGCUGUGAUGACCCAUCAUGAACUCCUUCCGUGAUGACUUUCUCAAGAUUAUUUCCAUCUCUAUGGCUGAUGUGAGCAAACUACAUAAGUUUGUGCCUGUUGAUUUCUGAGAGCAGAGUCCUCUUUUCUCCAAUAAUAUUUCGAACAUAAGAGUAUAUGCCAGCACCCCAUUCAAAGGCUUCAGUUUUCUUCUAGUCAUCCACAUUAGUUCCCUAAGAUUCACUUCCAUAAGUCGCUAUGGAAAAAAAUUAUACUUUUCACCAGUUAAACCUUACUGAAUGAGGAAGGCAACCUAGUGACAGAGGAUGUGGAAAAAGCUAAUGUACUCAAUGCUUUUUUUGCCUCUGUUUUCACUAACAAGGUCAGCUCCCAGACUGCUGCGCUGGGCAUCGCAAAAUGGGGAAGAGAUGGCCAGCCCUCUGUGGAGAUAGAGGUGGUUAGGGACUAUUUAGAAAAGCUGGACGUGCACAAGUCCAUGGGGCCGGACGAGUUGCAUCCGAGAGUGCUGAAGGAAUUGGCGGCUGUGAUUGCAGAGCCAUUGGCCAUUAUCUUUGAAAACUCGUGGCGAACCGGGGAAGUCCCGGAUGACUGGAAAAAGGCUAAUGUAGUGCCAAUCUUUAAAAAAGGGAAGAAGGAGGAUCCUGGGAACUACAGGCCAGUCAGCCUCACCUCAGUCCCUGGAAAAAUCAUGGAGCAGGUCCUCAAAGAAUCAAUCCUGAAGCACUUGUAUGAGAGGAAAGUGAUCAGGAACAGCCAGCAUGGAUUCACCAAGGGAAGGUCAUGCCUGACUAAUCUAAUCGCCUUUCAUGAUGAGAUUACUGGUUCUGUGGAUGAAGGGAAAGCAGUGGAUGUAUUGUUUCUUGACUUUAGCAAAGCUUUUGACACGGUCUCCCACAGUAUUCUUGUCAGCAAGUUAAGGAAGUAUGGGCUGGAAGAAUGCACUAUAAGGUGGGUAGAAAGCUGGCUAGAUUGUCGGGCUCAGUGGGUAGUUAUCAAUGGCUCCAUGUCUAGUUGGCAGCCGGUAUCAAGUGGAGUGCCCCAAGGGUCGGUCCUGGGGCCGGUUUUGUUCAAUAUCUUCAUAAAUGAUCUGGAGGAUGGUGUGGAUUGCACUCUCAGCAAAUUUGCGGAUGAUACUAAACUGGGAGGAGUGGUAGAUACGCUGGAGGGGAGGGAUAGGAUACAGAAGGACCUAGACAAAUUGGAGGAUUGGGCCAAAAGAAAUCUGAUGAGGUUCAAUAAGGAUAAGUGCAGGGUCUUGCACUUAGGACGGAAGAACCCAAUGCACAGCUACAGACUAGGGACCGAAUGGCUAGGCAGCAGUUCUGCGGAAAAGGACCUAGGGGUGACAGUGGACGAGAAGCUGGAUAUGAGUCAGCAGUGUGCCCUUGUUGCCAAGAAGGCCAAUGGCAUUUUGGGAUGUAUAAGUAGGGGCAUAGCGAGCAGAUCGAGGGACGUGAUCGUUCCCCUCUAUUCGACAUUGGUGAGGCCUCAUCUGGAGUACUGUGUCCAGUUUUGGGCCCCACACUUCAAGAAGGAUGUGGAUAAAUUGGAGAGAGUCCAGCGAAGGGCAACAAAAAUGAUUAGGGGUCUGGAACACAUGAGUUAUGAGGAGAGGCUGAGGGAGCUGGGAUUGUUUAGCCUGCAGCAGAGAAGAAUGAGGGGGGAUUUGAUAGCUGCUUUCAACUACCUGAAAAGGGGGUUCCAAAGAGGAUGGCUCUAGACUGUUCUCAAUGGUAGCAGAUGACAGAACGAGGAGUAAUGGUCUCAAGCUGCAGUGGGGGAGGUUUAGAUUGGAUAUUAGGAAAAACUUUUUCACUAAGAGGGUGGUGAAACACUGGAAUGCGUUACCUAGGGAGGUGGUAGAAUCUCCUUCCUUAGAGGUUUUUAAGGUCAGGCUUGACAAAGCCCUGGCUGGGAUGAUUUAACUGGGAAUUGGUCCUGCUUCGAGCAGGGGGUUGGACUAGAUGACCUUCUGGGGUCCCUUCCAACCCUUAUAUUCUAUGAUUCUAUGUUUCGAGAGGCCACACUUUUAUAAGGGAGGCCACGACUGAACAAGCCAUCCCUAGUCUUCUUCCGAUUUCUUUAGACUAGCCUCCUUGAUUGGACUAUGAAUGAUCCCAGAUAAUUAAAUCAAUCUACUUCCUCUACAGCUUGACCAUUAAUCUUGUUGUCCACUUGCAUCCUGAUGUUAGUGAUAGUGUCAAGAUACAUGCAUUUUCAUUUUUGCCCCUUUCAGUAGUACAUAUUUCUCAUUAACUGUUUUUAACAGACACCAACAUUUGUUGAAUUCCAUUGAUGGUUGCAACAAAAAGCAUAUCCGAGGUCAGUAAGAGGUGUUCACCAAUGGAAAUCCUAGUUCCUUUCACUUUAUCAAAACCUUCAGGGCUUGUCUCACAAGAAAUUCUGCAUACAUAUUAAAAAGACUUGGGAGGCAAAGGAGCAUUCUGUCUCCAUGUACCAAUGGAAAACUUACUGCUGUUUGCACCAUGAUCUGUUGAUGAUGGAGACUUGUCACGAAUUCAAUUAGAUGCUUUGGAAUCCCCAUGUCAGCCAGUAUCCUCCAGAGACUGUCAUGAUGGAUGAUAUCAAAUGUUUUGGAGUAGUCAGAGAAACGCCUAAUCAAUGGAUUGCUGAAUAUUUGCAAUUUGAUUGUAUGUGCCUCGUCCCUCUCUAAAAUCAGCUUGUGGUGAUGGUAGUUCUGCUUCUGUCAUUUGCUUCGUGCUGUCCUGAAUUAUACAGAGGAACACUUUACUUGCAUGCUAUAUCAAGGAGAUGGUACAAUAGUCACUGUGCUGUUAUAUUUCCUUUCUUUGGUAAGAGCAGAAAAAUUCCCUUUGUCCAAUCAUCCAGUCAAUUUCUAGUCAUUCAUGCAUUGUUGCAAAUUUUCCACAUGAGAUCAAUAUCACCAUCACCAAUCACUUUUAACAAUUCUGCAGGCACAUUAUCUACCCCUGGUGCUUUCCCAAGCUUCAUUUUCAUAAAAGCACGCACCACUUCCUCACUCAGGAUUGAUGGCUCAGGCUCUGUACUCUCUUUUCUGUCAUCCUGUAUUGUAAGUGGCUCUGAUGAGGCAUAGAGGUUGGCACAGUAAUCUCUCUGUGUUUGAAAUCACCACCUUCAGUAAAAACACUACUGUCAUGAUCUUUUAUUAUGCUUGGUUGCAGGGAAAACUUCUUACUAAAAUGUCUGACCACUGUGAACAUACCUUUUGUUUUAUUAUUUUAAUUCUCGAGUUCCUCACAUUUUGCUCUAAUGUAUUUGCUCUUAUCUCCUCUAGUCUGCCUUUCUAUCUGUCUGCUCAGUUCCUUACAGCGUAUUUUCUCUCCUGCAUUCUUCAGUCUCCAACCUUAACCUUCUCUGUUAAUUAUGGUGCGGUCUGACACUCACUUUUUGGAAUGUGUGCUUUAGUGGCUUCAAGCAUGAUAGUUUUCAUUUUAUUCCAAAAGUCAUUCAGGUUUUUUCUUCUCUUUCACAUAUGAUAGUGACUCACACCUGUUCUUUACGGAAGUCAUGUAGUUUUAGUUGAUUUGGGACAAGUGCAGACGCAGCGGACCUGCCAAACGUCCUAUCUUUUUACAUUUUAAUUUUAUGUUUGAGGGUAACAGUUGAUGGUCUGACCCACAGUCUGCACUCAGGGAAGUCUUUGUCCAUUGGACGCUUUAUCUCCAGCGUCCCUGUAUCAUUACAUAGUUGAACUGGUUCUUUGUCACAUCAUCAGGUGACCUCCAUAUAUGUAAACAUAUAGGAUGUUGGGUGAAGAUAUUGUUUGUAAUGAUCAGAUGAUUACAGUACAGACUUCGACUAAACAUCUUCCUCUCAUAUUGUAAACCCAGACCACUGUUUCCCUUUAUUUCUUUGAGAGCUUACAACUCCAACUUUUGUGUUCAGAUCUCCAAUUACAAGGGUGAUGUCUUCACUUGGUGUUUUAAUAAGUGUCUCUUCAAAUCAUUCAUAGAAUGCCAUAAAUUGUUCGCUCGUCAGCUGCAUAGAGGCUUAAACCUCUAUGAUCAACCUUUUAACUGACUUUGCUUGAAGGCAAAUUGUAAUGGUUGUGUUGCUGAUUGUAUUAUAUCCAAGCACACACUUUGGUGUCUCCUUGAAUAAAAUAAAUGCAACCCCUUUUUUCUCACUUUCUCAGAACCUGAGUGUAUACCACAUACCCAUCCAUCAUCAUGAAGUGACUUCUACCAUUCCAUCACAGCUUAGAUUUCAUGUAUAUCUAUCUUACAUCUUUGUAAAUGGCAAAGUUCCCUUCAUACAUACGCCUCACAAUCCAUGUUCCUGUUCUGAUCAUUCUUUUAUGAAGGUUCAAGUUAUUCUUUUCCUUGGUGCAAACAUCAGGUACUGUACUUCCCAAAGGAUUUGGUACAGCACCAUCGUAACUGCAACUGGUACUCUUGAUGGCCAGAACCUCCUCCCCAGGAUAAUUUGAUGAGCCUUUUGACGUGGGAGGUAUCUCACCAUCCAGUGCCACACAUGGAUCAUGUUGCCUUUGUUCUGCCAUGAUUGGUCUCAUGGGAGAAAAUACACGGGGUGGUUUCCUAUUGCCUUCUCUCUGGUUUGUGGUUGCCGUUGCUUAAAUCAUGAUUUAAUAACUCUUCUCCCUGUUGAUGGCAUUUCCCAAUUGGAGGUCCCAAUAUCCUCCCCAGGACCUCAUCUGUCUGAAGCCAUUAGUACUUCCUGAGGUUUCAGCCAGUUGUAGAUGGUACGGUCUACUGCCAUUACAGCAUCAGGCUGACUUGGAAAUGCUGUACCACAACCAAAAUUUUGAAAAAAAUUGGGAAAUGGAUUCACUUUCAGUACUUAAUGAAGAGUAAGUGUAAAUAUUUAAAUUAUUUUAAAUAGAGCUGCUUGACAUUUUUUAGGAAUUUUGACAAAAUAUUUUAGUAAAAGCAUUUGAAAUGAAGAUUUAAUGCUGUUUCCAGACCAGCUAAUUCAGCUCUGCACUUCUCAGGAUUAGUAUUAGUGAUGUUGCAGACUGCCAAGAUCCUUCCUGAUACACACAGGGGUAAUUGUGAUGGAAGCCUUUCUUGUUGUACUGAGGGGUAAACACAGAUUUUCAUUUUUCACAAAGAAUUCUUCAACACAGAAAACAAUAGUGGAUAGAUUCAGCCAUCUCUUAAAACUAAUAAAUUAUCACGAAUAAAAAAUGAUUUUCCUUAGCCAAAAAAAGGUCUAGAAGUCAUUGUGUGCUUAUGUAAAAUCAGAGAAUGAUAGAAGUACUAAAAGAUCUUUAAAAAAUCUUUUUUGUUAUUUUGGGUUCAUAAUGUGAAAAUCUGUGUGAUGUUUUAGUGAGAAUGAUGUGGACCCAGACAUGUUCUACAUGGAUACAUUUCAGAGAGGUGUUUUUAUCUGAGCACCCAAGUGAAAGAAGAAAUUUUGCACGAUAGUAUUUAUUUAUUAUAUAUUUAUAAUGUAUUUUGCAGAUUCGUUGGGUUGGAAAUGUAUUUACUUCAUGAACUAUCAUGUGAAAAACAGUCAAAUGUAAAUAAAAAUGACAAUUUCUGAUUAUA